AUUGGUUGGGGGCUUUUCUCCGCUUCUAGCCGGCAGCGACGGUAGUGAUUAUUCAAAAAUAGCUCCGGGAGUGGGAUAUCAUGGCAUCAAGUAGCCAGGAAGAAGUAAGGUAAAAUACCAUAUGAUUCUGUAGUAGUUGUUUAGCAAACCUAAGUUGAAAUCAUAGUGCAUGCUUCUAAAGAGAAAAAUUUGCUCUUAACCCACCUUUAAGUUAACUUGUUUUCUGACGUAGAUACAGCUGGUAACAUGUGAGUGGUAACAUGCAGUGAUAGAUAAUGAAGUGUUAUACUGUAAUCAGUGCUUUUUUUCUGAGGGUACACGUACCCCUAAACAUUUUGUGAAUUUAAGUUGGGCCUCAUUGAGAGGCAGUAUUUCAAUAUGAGUAGAAAAAUGAGAGUACCCCUAAACAUUUCUUUAGAAAAAAAAGCACUGGUUAUAAUUGUAAGAGAGUAUUUACACAAGUAAAUGAAAAAUUAAGAAUAAGUGAAAGAAACAGCUAGAAGCUCAUAUUUAAUAACUGCCUGAUAACAAGUGAUUCCAGUGUCACAGAAAAGAAAAGCAACAGUUUCUUAUACCAAAAUAUUGCUAGCAGGCUCCAUUUAUAUAACAUAGUAACUAGAAAACAGUGACUAGAGGCUACUUUUGCACAGCACACCCUUUAUAACGGACAAUCUGAGGUCGCUUCUAGAUGACCUGUUUAUUAUGAUUUAUCCUGAUUUGUCCACACAAAGUUUGCAGGAAGAUUAUACAUUGUCAGUUGUUCAGUAUGCAUUCAUUUGGAUAUUUUGUGCAAAGGUUAGAUCAAGCCAUUGCUACCCCAGACUUUCCAAUGGCGUUUCCCAGCACUUUCCUAAGCACAAAAAGUCUUUUUUUUGUUCUUGUUGUUGCACUGCAGUGCCAACUUCACUUUAAUUGCACAACCUGAAGUUGCUGGUAUGGAAUUGAAUUCCACCCAGAAAACAGCAACCAUCUGAGUUUAUGCUAACAUGCACCCUGAGUUUAUGCUAACAUGGUCACCAUGAGAGGGAUGCUUAUUCAUUUUCUCAGUAUCACCUUAAAUUAUACUGCAUUUUUUUUUUCUAGUGUCGAAGAGGAGGCUGUGAGCAAAAGCAAUUUUAAGACAUGCAAUCAAAUUGCCUUCUACAGGUAAGGAAUGUGAGUGUUUAUCACUCUUAAAGGCACAUGACUACUGUGCUAACACCACAUUGCAAACCAUAGCACUAUGAAAACAGAGGGCUAGAUUCAGUUAUCCUGGUGCUCUAGGAAAAGCCAGGGAAGGGCUCCAGCUAGCCUAAUAUCACCUUCCCUCCCAUUCUCCCUGCCCCAUACUCCCUCGCACUACCCCCAAAUCUGCUCUGAAGGGUUGGGAAAACCCCUAGUACAGGGGUGAAGAAAUGGGAUUAUUUCAUCAUCUGGGAAGCAGAAAUGCUUGCGCUAACAGAACUACAGUGGUACCUCAGGUUAAGAACUUAAUUUGUUCUGGAGGUCCGUUCUUAACCUGAAACUGUUCUUAACCUGAGGUACCACUUUAGCUAAUGGGGCCUCCCGCUGCCACCGCACAAUUUCUGUUCUCAUCCUGAAGCAGAGUUCUUAACCCGAGGUACUAUUUCUGGAUUGGUGGAGUCUGUAACCUGAAGCGUCUGUAACCCGAGGUACCACUGUACCAGAAGUGCAUAACAUUAUAUUCUUUCCAGAGUUCCAGGACAUUGCACCAGUAAAACAGUACUGUUUGUUGCCAUCAAAACUUCUUAAAAGAUUUCCAGCAUAUCAUAAUGGAGAAAAUACUGCAUGCAAUGGUCACACCGCUAAGUAUUUUUUAAAAUCACGAAUAGAGUUGGUUUUGUAAAUAGUGAGAUGUGCUUUGCUGCGGAAAGCUGUACCAGAGAAUUGAAUAGCAUUUUCAGUUUUCAGGUUAGGAUGAUAUAUAUUAACAUAUAUAUGGAAAACCCUAAGUAGAUCGUUGAUUCCCACUGUUACUAGUUCAUGAAGCUCUGAAAACAUGUAAAUCUGGGCAGCAAUACUGUUUAAGCCGUUUUGGAAUCAAUGCGGUUUAAGUAGCCUAAUAGUGAGCAGAAUUGCACCCUGGAUCAUUAAAUAAGUAAUUUGAUUGUGCUCUCUUCUUUAUCCUUUAGGCGUCAGAAAUGUUUAUGUCCUGGGAAGUCCUUAUACCGAGCAUUGCUGGAUACAGUGGAAUUAUCCCACAGCUGUGUCAAAUUCCAAAUAGUCAGUGAAGAAUGCAAGGUUGGCAUACAGUCUGAAUGUCACUGAUAAAGGAAAAAAAUGAACACUUUACAAUAGAUUAUUGCUCAUGUAAUAUUGUACUGAUAAUAUUUACCCAGAUAAUAUUCAUUUUCUUAGAUAAUGUUUACUCAGAUAUUUACUGAUGAUAUCUCAGGUAAUAUUUACUCAGUUUUGAGAUUCUUGCAUGCCCAGGGAACUACCGAUCUCUUGUGCAAGUGAGAAGUUAAAGCUUUACUUCCACAGCUACUCUGAGAUCCUCUUAAGAAGUGGGUUCGUUUAUUUGUUAAACCAAUUUGUCUCCUAGCUUUCCAAAGUUCGUUACUGAAAUUGAUAAAAAAAUAGUUAAAAAUGUUAAAACAUUGAUUAAAAAACCCCUAUAAACCUCAAAUAAUUGAAAUAAAAGACACAGGGUGGGGCCCAGUUGGUACCCUUGGGCUGGAUUCAACUAAAUAGUUGUGCCAGUGGGAGCCUGCACAAGUCCCAUUAUCUCAGUGGGGCCUCUCCCCUUCCCCUCCUCCCAUGUACCACCCAGAUCAGCUGGUGGGGCAGAAGAAGCCCCAGAAUAACACAUGGGAGGAAGAGAGGAGGGAUGGUUCCAUCAGGCAAACAGAAAUGCUUGCACUCUUUAUCACUACUUUAAAUUCUGCUUACCGAAAAGGAGGUGGGGCCAUUUUUGAAGAUUCCCUUCUCUUCUGCAGUCUCCCAUGGCACUCACCACCCUGACUUGGUGAGUCCCGCAACUCAUUGGAGCUUAGCUGCAGUGGGGACAGUAAAUGUUUUCCCUCCUAUUCCAAUAGCAGAUGCUUCCACUGUAUUGGAACGUCACCAACUGGAUUCCACCGAUAGCAAUUUUGAUGCAUCCCCUAUAUUAACAUUUCCUUUUCAGCACAUUAACCCACAGUGGUGGUGCUGUAAAAAAAUGUCAGUUGAGGUAAGGCAUCAAGAUUGUGUUUUUCCAAAUACUCUUAACAUUAUUAUAAUUAUUAUUUUAAAGAACAGGACCUGGUACAGAUGCAACCUUCCUAAACAUGGUUAUGGGAUUGGGAUCAUCCUGUGGGUCUAACAGCUCCUUCUCUCUCUGGCACAUUAAUGCUCCUCUCUCCAUACUUUUUGGAACUAACCAUAUUACAGUACUACCUUCAACAGGGUAAAUGCUACCUGUGGAUAGCUUUGAAGCAGUCUAACUAUGGUUAGACAUUAGUUUGCAAACUCUGGCUUAAUCUACUGGUAACUACGAUUAAGCAACAUCAGUGAUGCACAUGAUCUCCCAGCUUCUUGACAAGUAUACAAUUAAUCAGUUAUCUCAGAUCAGUCAUCUAUUUCUUACUCAAAAGCAAUAAUGCUAAAGUGUGAGAAUUAUUAAUAACUAUUUUCUACCCUGCUUUGCCAUCACAUACUCAAAACAACCCACAAAUAAGAUACUAAAGCAAAUAUAGAAUGAAUUAAAAACAAUGUAAACAUUAAAAUAUUCUUCAAAAGUCUGUGGUUGGUUUGGACUUCCAUUUUUAUAUGCUUUAUCUUUGCUGCUGUGCAAACAGAUGCAUGCAAGAGGGGAUUAAAUGCUUUUAUUUCUAGUGACCCAAAACAUACCAGGAGAAACUCUUUCCACCAUGGCUUUCCCCCCUAUUAUGGUAACUGUAGAUAAAUGAAUCAAUGUGAUUCAUCAGCCGCAUGAAUAUUCUAAUUGUUACUCUUUUUCUACUUAUCCCCAGGAACCUCUUUUAGUAGAAAUUUCUGAAAUAGAGGGUAAUAUUUUCAGGCUUAAAAUUAAUGAGAAAGAGCCAUUCAAACCAAGAUAUGAAGUCCCUGAUGUUCUCGUUAAAGAACCUGUCUGCCUCAGGUAAGUGAUGAAGCAGAAUUUGCUAAAUAAGAUGGAAUCUGAGGACACAUGUAUGUGAUUUGGGCUGUAAUCCGUGGGGUUUAUUUCUAAGUAGACAUGUAUAAGAUUGUGCUAUAUUUUCAGUGACAUCAUAACUUGAGUUACCUCAAAAUCCAAGGGUGGGUUGUUGCUCUACUCACCCUUGCAUAUAAUGUGUAGAUCUAUAUGGCCGGAAAUGCAUUUAAGUGUGAAAAAGUCAUUUAUGCCCUGGGAAUGAAAUUAGAAGUUGAUGUUUUUUGUUCAAAUAGAAUUAUCAGUUUCUUAAUUUGCAGCUGUUUGCAUUUGGGAACAAGCUUUCAAAGGUUUUAUCUGUGACUGCUAUUUUCCCAUUUUCCAGUCUAACAGUAUUGCAGAAGGAUGGAGACAAACUUGUGUUGGCUUGUGACAAUGAAGACCAGCAACUUCACAUCACUGCAAAUCCUUUUCAGAUACAGUUUGUUUGCAAGGGUGAGAUUGUAUGGAGUACAAACUCAAAUGGCCUGCUGUAUUUUGAGCACCUCCAGCCAGCCCCGCAAAGCAGGUAUGAUAUGUCACUGUCUCCGCAAUCCAACUGGAGCUAAAUUAUCUUGGGAUGCAGUCCUAAAACUCUUACUAGUACAUAUUUGCAGGCAAGUCUAUAUAUAAAUAUAAAAACUGAUCACUCUUUUUGGGGGGGGGGGGGCGUUAAUUAGGAAAUCUACAUCGCAAGAAGAGAAAGAAGGAUCAGCUAAUUCCUCUAAGGUAAACUGAGCUUUUAUUUGUAGAGUUUUGCCUUAUGGAUUCUCCAAAAGACAAAUCAGUCCUUCUAACUGGGAAUAGUUAGUUUAGCAUUGCUAAUGAAUUCAAUAGGCUUUCUUCCAGGGUGGUGGAAUUAGGACUGUGGCCUUAGUUGGCAGUUGACCAGAGUCAGUAAAACUGCAACCCUAAACACUCUCUUGUGGGAGUAAGCCCCACUGAAAUCCAUGGAUGUUAGAGCUGACAUGAAUACAAUUGCCCUAUAGCUUAGAUUUGGAUAAUUUUUAUCCAAGCAGGAAAAUCAAGAUGACUUAGGUCUCUGGGAAGAAAAAUUUGGCAAAUUUUCAGACAUCAAAGCUAAUGGUAAGUAUAGUGUCUUUCAAUUUUGCUUGUAAUAUCUGUAAUAUAUGUAUUCGUGUGUCAUAUGUCGACUGGAUCACUUGCAAAAAUAACCUGGCACUGUUUGUUCUGUAGCCAUUUUUCCAUAGCUAACAUCUCCUCUGCUUGUUAUACGCUGUGGUUCAGAUUGUGUACAUUUAGCUGCAGGGGCUGGAAAUGGUGAGCACAUAUGUGCUAAACGCAUUGGUCUUGUAUACCUCUGUGAUUUUUGAGUAAAUCCAGUUUUAGCACCAUCAGGAUAUAAGCCACUAAGUGUGCAUAUAUAUAUAGAGUAGGUGACAAAGAACCUCAGCAGAGGGCAGUUCCUGACAAUUUUAUGUGGCAUGUGUUUCCAGAGUGGUUUUCUGACUUCAUACUCUUUCUUAUGCCAUUUGUCAGCGAUUAUUGAGCUGUGAUUCCUGAAUUACAGUGGGUUGGGAUAUUUGCAUCCCUUUGCUUCCCUUCUGAUUCUACAGUUCUAUGAUUCUUCUUACAGGUCCCAGCAGUAUAGGCUUAGAUUUUUCUUUACAUGGAUUUGAACAUGUCUAUGGAAUACCUCAGCAUGCAGAGACACUUCUCCUUAAAAACACCAGGUAAUUUAACUAUGUAUGCAUAAAACGCUGACAAAAGGGCAGCUUUGCCCAAGUCUCUGGAAUUCUCUCCCAAACUGAGAUUACCCUCCUUGUUGAACUUCAGGCGCACAAUUAAACCAUUCUUCUUCCGUUUUCCGUGCAUUGGUUUUAUGUAUGCUGCUUAGAAAUGUGAGUAAUUAAGUGGUAUUUUAAUGUAUUGAAUAAAGAAAUAAAUGUACUCUCUCCUUUUCUCAGUUUUCUCCCUCCUCUUUCCCUUAAGAGUUCUGCUGCCUCCUUCAAUCUUCAGGCCUCUGAUUCUCUUGGCACUGCCUGCUCUGUUCUUUUUCUUUAGCCGUCCAGGGUGCUUCCUGCUUGGGGCUUGAUCCUGUGAAUGGGUCAUACAGAUGUUGCAAGUGGGUCAUUGGCAGCAAGUGGCAGUGGGACGGGGCAUGCAGAAUGGCAUUUUGGUGUUGCAUAGAUGCCAGGUAAAAUUGGCUUGCAUGAGGAGCACCUGCCUCACAGUAAACACCCAUCUGGAAGCAGCCUCUGCCUCUAGACCUUCCAACUCACAGCAUGGAGCACUUUUUUUCUCCUUAAGCCCUAUAUGAGGCUUUCCUCAAGAUGGAGUUUGAGGACACCUUUUCCCCCUCUGCCACCUCCACCAAUCAAAUCUCUGCUACAGUGCCCACUGCUUUCUUAUGCCAUGCUUCUUCUAAUUUUCUUGCCUCCCAGGCCCUCAUCUCAGGCAGCUUCCUAGUCCUCAGCAGCAUCGGUUCCAUUUUUCUUCACACAGCUUCCCCUUCCCAGGUUGUUCUCAGACAUCCUGGAGUUUUUGUUUGGUUUUGGUUCUUGUUUUUUCAAAAAACAGAGAAGAGGAUGUGGCUAAUGGGUAGGCUAUAAAUGUAAAAAUGCUACUUUUACUCACAGUAGCUGCAUCCGCUAAAGAAACAGCUUUGUGUACAGUCGUACCUUGGGUCUCAAAUGCCUUGGCUCCCAAACAAAUUGCCUCUUGAAUGAUUAAAACCCGGAAGUGAGUGUUCCGGUUUUUGAAGGAAUUUCGGAAGCCGAACAUCCGGUGUGGCUUCCGAUUGGCUGCAGGACGCUCCUGCAGCCAAUGUGAAGCCGUGCCUUUGUUUUCAAAUGGUUCCGGGAGUCAAACAGACUCCCAGAACGCAUUCUGUUCAAGAACCAAGGUAUGACUGUAUUAGCAAUUUGUUACUGACCUUUCCAAGUAACAACAACAACAACAACAAUUUUAUUAUUUAUAUGCUGCCCAUCUGACUGGGUUGCCCCAGUGGUGUUGUUAGAACUUAUCUAAACUUCUGUGUUACUGCAUCAGCUCAGGCAGUGGCAGUGGAAGAGUACUAAUGCGCAGGUAAAUAAUGGAAAGGGACGUCAAUGGAGGAGCCCUCCUCCCCUGUAAAGCCUCAUCAGUAGAUCCUUGCACAUGGCAUUCAUAUCUCAGCAAAGAUGCCUGAGAAUGCAGAGUGAAAGCGGGACAAGUUGAACUUGACCUUUGCUUUGUUUGAUGAGCUCUUUUCUUCCCCGAUAGUUCCACCCUAAGCAAAUACAUCUUUUGCCAAAUACCUCAUCUAGGAAAAGAAAAGAAAAAACCAGUUCUUGGGACAGUUUUAUUUGGUGCCUCAUCCCACACCUGUUUUCACACCUUGCUCUAUUGUUCCUUUCAAGAUUGCUGUGGUGUUUUUUUGCUCUGCUAGGUUUAUAGUAUGCAAAUAAGCUAAUAAAAGGUACAGAGGUGUCUAGGGAUACCUAGACCAGGAGAGAUCAGUAGGUUGCAGUCCUAAGCAUAUUUGUUAUGAAUUGAAUUUUGCUGAACUCACCUCUGAGCAAACAUGCUUAGAAAGGGGCUGACAGCCUUAAACUGGAGCAGCAGUGAUCUCACCAGGAGCCAGAAUUGCAUUCAGACAACUAUAAAAAAGAGCGACCGAGAUUACAGUCUGUAUUUAUUCAAAUCCCAGUUCUAAUUGUCAUUGUAGAACAUGCAGAGUUUAAACAAUACAGUAUUCACCUCUGAAGUAACAGUGAGCUGAAGACUAUGGUACAAUCCUGUAUAUUUCUUUAUUAUUAGUAUUGAAGGCUAGUUGAUUCACAAGAAAAGUCCCUUGGGAUUUAGUGCCAAAAGUGGGUGGAGUUUUCAGCAUGGCUUUGCUGUCUGUCUGCUAUCCCAUCUCUUUCUUUUCUGGCAAGCCCCCCCCCAAAAAAACCCCUCUCUUUUUGCCUUCCCCUCUUCAUAGGAUUUGAUGAUUUAGUGGCACCUCAGCUGUCUUGUUCUUCUCUGGGGCUGCAGUGAUUUGCUUUACUCUCCCUUAUUUGCUUGUUCAGAAUCAAAGUUUGGGGAAGUGCUCUUGUUCCCUUUUAAGGUCCCUUACUAGGUCACCUUAAGGAACGCGGGUGGCGCUGUGGGUUAAACCACAGAGCCUAGGACUUGCUGAUCGGAGGGUCGGCGGUUCGAAUCCCCGCGACAGGGUGAGCUCCCGUUGCUCGGUCCCUGCUCCUGCCAACCUAACAGUUUUGAAAGCAUGCCAAAGUACAAGUAGAUAAAUAGGUACCACUCCGGCGGGAAGGUAAACAGCGUUUCCGUGCGCUGCUCUGGUUCGCCAGAAGUGGCUUAGUCAUGCUGGCCACAUGACCCGGAAGCUUAACUCCGGCUCCCUCGGCCAAUAAAGCGAGAUGAGUGCCACAACCCCAGAGUCGGUCACGACUGGACCUAAUGGUCAGGGGCCCCUUUACCUUUACUAGGUCACCUUGGGAAGCAAAUGUUCAGGGGUGUCCUCUGGGAAUGUUGUUCCCCAGCAGCGUAGCUUGUGCUCACGGGGAAGAGCAGCAUCACCUUCUCCAUCCCAGCGCCUUGGAGGAGCCCCAUCCCCCAUCAAGUACAGUGUAAUGCACUCCAGUUACAGCAUAAUAAACCAUUUCUGUGGACAGCUGCUUCUGCUGGUGCCGUUAGCAAGUAUUAAAUCUAUAGCCAUCAGUCUCUUGCAUUGGACAAAAACAGAAGUAGCGUCUACCUCCAGCAUCAGCAAAGUGCUCUGUGCAAACAUCUUGUCUGUCUGUUCCAGCGAUGGUGAUGUCUACCGGCUUUAUAACCUGGAUGUCUUCGGAUACAAAGUUCACAGCAAAAUGGGCAUUUAUGGUGCAGUGCCCUUGCUCUUGGCUCACAAACCUGGCAGAACCGCUGGGAUCUUCUGGCUGAAUUCCUCAGAAACUCUGGUGGAGAUUGCUACCAAAGCCGCAAUGGAGGUGAGACCAGCGCUGGAAUCUAGCUCCUGCAUGGAAGUGCUUCUGCAGUGCAUGGGGGUUAGUGUGACAUUCUAGAGAACUCUGCAAGCAGUGCAGAAUGGAUACUGAGUGGACAGCCUCUCACCUCUGCUGGGGCACGAAAGGCGGAGUGAUGACAGGCACCUAGAAACUCACCAUGUGGGAACUCCAUGUGUAUCAAAAGCCAUACAGUGGUGCCUCGCAAGACGAAAUUAAUCCGUUCUGCGAGUUUCUUCGUCUUGCGGAUUUUUUCGUCUUGCGAAGCACGGAUGCACCCUGGUACUGUAUUAUAAUGGGAUAGCGGGCAAAGCACAAAGCGGGUCGCUCCCCAGCAGGAGGAGUUUCCCCAGCCUGGAGGAUCUGUUGCCGGGAAGAGGCAAAGACACCCCCUCCCACCUCCCCAUGAAAACAGCCCCCCUUCCUCUGUCGCCAAGCCUUGCCGCGUCUUCGCUCCGCCAAACCGCGUCCCACAUCAAAGCCCCAGCCCGCUCCUCUCCCUCUCUCUCCAUGAGGUGCCAAAGGAAGUUUGAGCCCAGGAACCGAGGGCGGACGCACGAAGCGCCCGGCGCGGACUCUCCCUUGCUCCCUCCGUUACCUUGCGCCAUGCCGCCGGGCUCCCCACAGUCUCGGCAGCUGCUCCCGGCUUCUUCCCACCCCCGCAAAGGCGCCUUCGCGGCCGCCCAAGCACAGUGGAUGCCUCCUCCUCCUCCUCCUUUGUCCCGCCUCCUCCUGCCUUCACGCAGUUAGAGCAAAAUGGAGCAGCCACGUGGGGAGGGGGAGAGAGAGAGAGAGGCAGAGGCAGAGGCGGCACAGAGACCCAGCCAGAUCCGCUGGAUCCCAGCUCACCUGCCUCCUCUGUGCCCUCUCCAGAAGAGGAUCCAUCUGGAAAAGGUAGGUCGCUCCCCUGCUCGCUCCCUGCCAGCCCAGUUCCCGCUUCAAAAGGAAACAAACUCGCAAGACGUUCCGUCUUGCGAAGCAAGCCCAUAGAGAAAUUCGUCUUACGAGCACCUCAAAAACCGCAAAACCCUUUCGUCUUGCGAGUUUUUCGUCUUCCGAGGCAUUCGUCUUGCGGGGCACCACUGUACCGUUACCUUUUUCUGAUUGCUUUGUUUGACAGGUUUUGUCCUCCAGAACUCCAGAAACUUCGAAGCAGAGAGUGCUUCCUCAAACUGAUGUGCGCUGGAUGUCAGAAAGUGGGAUCAUUGACACUUUCAUCCUAAUGGGGCCCCAACCCUUUGAUAUUUUUAAGCAGUAUGCACAACUGACAGGUACUGUCUUACAAUACAAAUGCAGGUGAAACUCGAAAAAUUAGAAUAUCAUGGAAAAGUUCAUUUAUUUCAGUAAUUCAACUUAAAAGGUGAAACUAAUAUAGGAGAUAGACUCAUGACAUGCAAAGCGAGAUAUGUCAAGCCUUUAUUUGUUAUAAUUGUGCUGAUUUUUUGAGUUUCACCUGUACAUCCUGAAACUGCUUUAAGUGGCAAGAAUAAACAUUAAGGUGGCACACCCAGCUUGUGUAUGCAAGAGAGAGAGAGAUCUAUUUCUGUUAAGUUGUGGGUGAACAUAUCAGAGGACACAGCGAUUCUUCAAACAGCUCUUGUUUAUUCACAGGCCGGAACAGAACUGAACUGAAGGGUUCAGCCAGCCUGCUUAUAUAGAGCUCCACUAGAACGCAACAGUAACCAUUUUCUGUAACUAUCCAAUCACUGAAUGUCACUUUUAAGCCCUUAUUUGCAUAUGUGGACCUGAGUGAAAACUGUAUCCCCCUGCUGGCCCAGGGUGAGAACUUCAGUACAUGACAAUUUCUAAGCAGUUAAAGAUAUAGAACCAUUGUAAUAGAGUCGGAGGGGGCAGAGAGAGAGAGAGAGAAGUAGCAGUUCACUACCAAGUUCAUACCUCCAUCUGUCUGCAUCUACCACAUCUGUGUCACAGGUUCAACUUCACUGGUAACACUGACAAGCCACUCACCAAAAAAGGAACAUCUCCCCACCCCCUGUAUUUUGUUUCUGUCUCACUUUUCACAUAUCGUGGAACUCAGGACAGUGUUGUGCAGGCCCAGAUCUGCUUAGCUGAAGCAAGGAGGACAUACCAUGUGCCUUCAGGACGUAGCCUCUGGCAGGUGGGCAAAUAACUGCUCACAAAACUACAUUAGCAGCCUGAAGCACUUUCUAGUUUCAAAGUAAGGAAAAGGAUUCUGUGCUGCUUUCAUUACAACGAGACUCUUCUUAUACACUUUUAAUGCCUCUAGUGCAGCUGAGAAAGUUCAAGCAAAAAUAAAUAUUUAGCACUUAAUUGUGACUUUGGUUUUAAUUUGGAUGAUAGCAUUGUUUUCCCUUUCCCUUUCCCUUUUUUUUUUUUUUUUGCUAGGCACUCAAGCCCUGCCCCCACUCUUCUCCCUUGGCUACCACCAGUGCCGCUGGAAUUACGAAGACGAGGACGACGUGGAAGGGGUAGAUGCAGGUUUCGAUAUGCAUGACAUCCCAUAUGAUGUCAUAUGGCUUGACAUUGAGCACACAGAUGGCAAGCGGUACUUCACAUGGAAUAAGGAGAAGUUUGGCAAUCCCGAGAGGAUGCAGAAGCAGAUACUUAUGAAGAAAAAGCGCAAGGUGGGUAAUGUAGAGAAAGUAGGGAGAAAAAUUUCUUUGGAGGUCUGCAGCUCUUGUGGCCUUCAUGUGCGGCAGGCAGACGCAGUCCGCCCCUGAGAUUGGGGAUCAAGCGCUCGCUUCAGAUGGUGCAAGUGAAAAAGGCAGUGCUCCACCCUCCUGACCACUUCUGCUGCUGUGAGGGUGCUAUUCUGGCAUGCGGUAUUGCUGCUUGUCUGCCCCACAGAAGCCAGGCGGUAAAGCUUCCAGGAGCGCCCCAGCUCCUGCCAAGUUUGGCAAGAGCCAGGUUGGGCAGGAAAGGAGACAGCAACUCCCAUUUCACCUCAGGUGGUGAAACAGGGAGGGCCGCCCCAGAUCCAUUCGCAUCCAUUGAGCUGUGAUUCCCGACUUUUUAAUACGUUGAUACUGUCUGUUGCAUUUUUUAAAAUAUGUAAUUUAAUGUUACCUGUAAGUCACCUCGGAAGGUUUUGUAUUCUGAAAGACAGGAUGUAAAUAAUGGUAAUCCAUACAUGAUAAUAUUGUGCCGUCUCUCAUGUUGGCAGCUGGUCGUCAUUCUGGAUCCCCAUAUUAAAGUUGAUCCUCUGUUUACCAUAUACUCACAAGCAAAAGAAAGAGGUUACUUUGUAAAAGACCGUAAAGGCAAAGAUUUCGAAGGCAUCUGUUGGCCAGGUAAUAAAGCCCCUCCUUUACUUUUACAAAUCUGAUGACUGACAUUUAUGGAAGUUAAAAUUUAUUAAUAAAUAGAAAUAAGUUUUAUUCUGUACAUUAAUUGUGUGUGUGAUAUUGUCUUUCUGUUCUCCUUUUUCAAAUCUGUGUUGAAAACUUAAUGUGAUAUAUAAUUCCUUUUUAAAAAGGGUUAAAUGGUUUUUUAUGGUCAGAAGUUUGAAGGGGAAAAAAAUGACUUCUACUCCUCACUGACAUUUUUUUAAAAAGCUCUUGAUCCUUAAUACCUCUAACUUUAUUUAAACAGGUAUUGCUACCAGGUGUUAGUCAGCUGGAUCCAAGAGACCCUUUGUCUCUAUUUAUUUAUCAUGGCAAGGCAAUGAUGGCAUCAGCUUCAAAAUUCUAAGACUAGGAGCUGCUUCCCCCUGCUCACUCGGCUCACCAGCCCUUUGCCCUUCCCCCUCACCUGACAAAGUCCCCUUUACAACUCAACCCCCUCCCUUAUCUACCCACAGCUCACCCAGGCCUCUCCCCUUCUGUCCCUUUUAAAGGAGGGAGCAGGCAGUUCACAGGGCAGCUAUGUGAAGGACCUCCCCACCACCACCGUUUGCCUGGGCGGGCAUGAUGACACCUUACAUUUUUAUUAUAUGUAUAGGAAGAUAUAGACAUUUGGCCUGUAAGCAUGAUGACCCUUGUCCAACAACAAGACUAACAUUGCAGAGUGUGCACAAAGAUGCAAAGAGGGUAAUAUAGUGAACUCUUCCAGUCUCCACCACUGGAAGUUAAAUAGACAAACUAUAGGUGAUGUUAAAUAAAAAAUAGCAUCAGCUGGGUUGGUGGCUGAUAAUUAUCAGGAUUGCAGCAGGCAAGGAUUGGAAAUUAAACACUUUCCUCCUAUGCUGUGGUUCUGAGGAAAAAUCUCUUAUAUGAAGCUAGUAUUUGCUGUAAAAACCCUUUGUUGUAUUAUUGUAUUUGCUUGAAUAUUAAUAGGAGAUUUUAGCAUUGUAUUUGUCAACCACAGCAUAAAGGCCAUAUGUUAUUUAUUUAAAUAUUUAUAAGCUGCCAUCCUGAAUCAAGUCCUGCAAAUGUCAUAAUUUCCUCACACCUGCAGGUCUCUCAUCUUACCUGGAUUUCACCAGUCCUGAAGUCCGAGAAUGGUAUGCAGAUCAAUUUGCCUUCAGCGCAUAUAAGGUUUGUGUUCUUUUCUCAUGACCCUGUGUGGCAGGAUCCUUGGCGGAAAAACCAAGCUCUUAAAAAGUAAGAAACAGGGACUUUCAUUUGAUGACCGAGGAAGAGGAUUGAUCCAAAAUAUACUAAGAUAAGCGAAGGUUUCCACACAGUCGUUUCUGCACAUGACACCAAAGGGACAACUUGGCUCAUGCAAGUUCCAUUGGAGAACUGUAGCGUCUAACCAAUUCCAAAUCCUUUUGUGUUGAACGUGAUAUGGGAAUUUUACCAUUUGGGAUGCUAACCUGGAAGGAAACUUGCUAGUGUUGUGCAUGUUCUUCAUUCAUUCUGGUCCCAGUUGCCCAAGGGUGCCCAAGAAAGAAGAAAAGAACCCUAUAAGCAUUUUGCUUAGAAACCUCUAAAGAAGCCAGCAGCUGAUAAAAAAUGUAGGGUUGCCACUGUCAGAAACAAAUGUCAAAGCAAAUAUCUGAGAUAUACUCAUUGUAUACGGUGGUGCUGCCAAAACUCAAAAUUACGCAGUUUUCAGGUUGAAUCUAUUAAGAGUUUAUAAAUGGGUACCAAGACCAGUUUUCAUAGAUACUUAAGAGAUUUAAAAAUAACAGAGAAGCUUUAUCUGAGCUUUUAUCAUGGGAUUAGUAAUUUAAUAAGCUAAUUAUAUUGCUGAUGGGAUUAGUUUUCCCAACACUAAUUCUAAUGGGUAGAUAAAAAGGUAAAGGGACCCCUGACCAUUAGGUCCAGUUGUGGCCGAUUCUGGGGUUGCGGCGCUCAUCUCGCUUUAUUGGCCGAGGGAGCCGGCGUACAGCUUCCGAGUCAUGUGGCCAGCAUGACUAAGCCGCUUCUGGUGAACCAGAGGAGCGCCCGGAAACACCGUUUACCUUCCCGCUGGAGCUUGUACUUUUAUCUACUUGUACUUUGACAUGCUUUCAAACUGCUAGGUUGGCAGGAGCAGGGACCGAGCAACGGGAGCUCACCCCGUCGCGGGGAUUCGAACCACCGACCUUCUGAUCGGCAAGUCCUAGGCUCUGUGGUUUAACCCACAGCGCCACCCGCAUCCCUAUGGGUAUCCCUAAUCUAUCCCUAAUGGGUAGAUAGAUCCCACCUAAUCUUGAAGCCCAUAAGAGUCCAAGACAAGCUUCUCUGACAACUGCUUUCCUCUCCUUAGAGUAGUCUGCUUUACAUUUUUGAGAGCUUUGUAAGCAUGUGUAUACCUACCCAGACUGUGUGUGUGUGUGUGUGUGUGUGUGUGUGUGUUAAUUGUGGAUUAAACCAACAACUUUGAUGUAAUUAAAAUGUUGAUAGGGUUCCACUGAAAUCCUUUUUGCCUGGAAUGAUAUGAAUGAGCCCUCAGUCUUCAGAGGAGUAGAGCUAACCAUGCAGAAGGAUGCUGUCCAUUAUGGCAAAUGGGAACACCGAGAAGUCCAUAAUCUCUAUGGUUUCUACCAGGUAUGGCCUUUGCAGGUGAACAAUUUCAAUUCCAAUCCUCAUGUUACUGAUUUGUGAUGAUUAAUUAUUGUUAUUGUAUAUUUUACAUUUUAACAUACAUUUUAACUCUUCUUAAUUAAGCAUAACAAAAGCAUACCAUUAAAUGAUAGUUACAGUAAUUUAUCAUGGCUUCAACAAGAAGUAUGUCUCAGAAUUGUCUUAUACUUUGCCUUGUACUAGUCUUAGACUGUAUAAGCCCAUUUCCCUCAAAAACAGAUCAUUCUUUUCUGUAUUCCUUCCAUGUUUAAAUUCAUCUGUUUACUUUUAGAAACGAUGCCUCAUACUGUCAAUAACCCUUCCUGUAUGAAGAUCGUGUGUUUAAAAAAUUAGUCUUGCCAGCUCCUGUUCUUUCCUGUACAAGCCGCAGGGCGAUUGAUUCAUGUCAGCCUUCUCUGUUGCUGUUUUAAGGUGUUCUAUCUGGCUCUUCUCAGUCCAGAAAUGCUGUUGUAUUUUUACUGUUGCUGGCCUCCUCUCUGUACUAGAGUUAUAACAGCUGUGUUAAAGCAGACAUGUUUCCUCUGGUGUGUUUCAGCAAAUGGCAACUGCAGAAGGACUGAUCAGACGAAGUGGGGGGCUGGAGAGGCCUUUUGUUCUCACACGCUCGUUCUUUGCUGGCUCCCAAAAGUAUGGUAAGCAUAGAAGAAGGAAGAAUGAUGAUUAAUACGACAUAGCUCCCCUUUUCAAGCAUCCUCUUCAAACAUCAAUUAAAUCCCCACACAACCAUCAAACUCAGAGUUAUUUUGGGCUAGUCACCAUCUCAACCUGCCCUAUCUCACAGUUCACAGGCUUGUUGUGAAGCUAAAAUAAGUGGAAGGGACAAUCAUGUGUGCCACCAAGAGCUCAUUGGGGAAAGGGCAGGAUGAAAAUGUAAGGAAUGAAUGAAUGAUCUUUAAACUUUGCUUCCCCAGUUAGCCAGGCUAACCUCAAAUAUAGUCUUGUUUUAUAAUCAGGUGUGUGUGUGAGAGAGACAAGUUCCCCAAACGUACAGAAAAUUCUCAGAUGUCUGAGGGUGCGGGGGGAAAUGCAGGAAACCCUUUGUAUAACUGUUAGGUUGUGAGUGAACAUAUCAGACAACACAGUGAUUCUUCAAACAGCUCUUCUUUAUUCAGAGGCAGAACAGGACUGAACUGAGGAGCUCAGUCAGCCUGCUUAUAUAGAGCUCCAGAACAAUGUAACUGUUGCCAUUUUCUAAAACUCUCCAAUCACUGAACGUCACUUUCGAUCCUUCAUUUGCAUACAAACUAUCCAAUCACUGAACGUCACUUUUGAUCCUUCAUUUGCAUAACUAUCUACAGUAUCCCCCUGCUGACCCAGGGUGAGAACUUCAGUACAUAACAAUAACAAUCAGCUAACAAGUCUAAAUAAUCAUAUUCUGUAACAAUUAAGAACAUUUCUUAUGAAUGAAACUUUCUUCUAAGUCUUGAUCGAAGCUUACUAGGUGUGUCUUGGGAGCAAAUAACAUUCUUUUGAGGACAAGAUUCUCUUGGGGUUCCUCACAAUACUAUUUUCCUUCCCUCCUCCUGAGGGACAUUGGCGGAAUUCAUUUUAGAACUUUGCACAAGGAUUUUUGAAAUCCCGUCAACAAAUCACUGUAUCUUUUUCUGUUGGUUCCCAGGGCCUCAGAACGAGGUCUUUGCCAGCUCGUGCUAUCUGAAACCCCUUUAGCUUGAAAUGCCAAUGAUUGAAUUUGAGACUUUAGACAUUUGGAGCAUCUGUCAUGCUGUGGAGUUCUCAUAAUAUUAAGCUGUUGCCUCUUCUUGUACUGCAAAUAAGUUAAAGAAGGAAUGUUAUAAGUUAAAUAAGGAAUUCAAGAGUCUAAUAGGGCUGGAAAUAGUAAUAAAUAGCAACCUAAUAUUGGGCUGUAGCUUUCAGGCUUUUGCAAUAGGUAGAUUUUUAAGACGCUGAAAACCCAGAUUGUAACUCACUCAUUGAUGUUCUGAGAGAUCGUGUUAUUAUAUCAAUGACCCAUGUAUUGAAUGCUGCCAUCAAAAAGACACAUGUGCUGAUCAGACUGAAAUCAGUCUGUUUGCCAACUUCCUUUUCAGAGGGUGAGGAUUGAGCGGAAAACCUGCUGGCCUGAUUUUAGGGUGCAUUUCCUCUAUCCUUGUUCUUCUUAAAUCAAGAACAGUGUGGCAACUGACACUGAUCUUGUCACCAUGCAGACACCAGAACAGGGAUCAUAUGUGAUGCAUGGCUGACCUAUCACACAAUGCAGUUCAUGUGAGUCAUUAUCAAACAGCUGAUAGGGGUAACAUAUGGAUUUGUACAUCUGCACACAUAUAGCAUGAGCCUCAUGCUCAUCUGCUUAGAAGUAAAACCUAUGGAUAUCUUUUGAACUUAACACCCAAUGUCCACAAACACAGUCUGUGAACUUGAUAUUUCUAGGUGCCGUAUGGACUGGAGACAAUAAAGCAAAAUGGCAGUACUUGAAAAUCUCCGUUCCAAUGUUGCUGACAAUCAGUAUGGCAGGAAUUUCUUUCUGUGGAGGUAAGGGACGUGUUGGGUUGCAAUCUCCAUGUUACUAAGCAAUUGAGCUCAUUUCACUUGUGCCUUUUCAAAAGCCUCAAUUAUUUCUAUGAAUGAAAGAAGUUUCACUGUAUUGUUUUAGAUGCUGGCUGAAAUCAUAUUUAUUUCAACAACGGUAUCCAGACACAGAGUUUAGUCUCAGUUUACUCUUUCUUUCUUUUUUGCUGUUUUUGUCUGGGUAUCAUUGAUAAUGAUUUUAUACUCCUUAAUGUAUACUGCUUGGAGAUUUCGGUUGAUUAACUUUUUUCUUCUUAAAAAUCUAAAUAAAUUAACUUUCAUAUGGUGUGUUAUAGCUGACCUUAAGAGGGCGUCCAUCCACAGGGAACAUAGGAAACUGCCUUAUACUAAGUCAGAUCAUUGUGCCAUCUAGUCAAGUAUGGUCUAUGAUGACAGGCAGAGCCUCCCCAAGGUCUUUCCCGGCCUGAUCUGUAUAUUCCAGGGUAUGAACCAGGUGCUUUUUGUUCACACAAAAAAUCACAGACAGCUUCCUAGGUGGGGUAGAACCACCUGUAGCUGCAAACUGGAAAUGACAUGACUCAGUGGUAAAGCACACACUUUAUAGUAAUGGUUUGCAUACCUGGAUAGCUCAGUUGGUUGCAGGUUUGAUUCCCAUGUGGGACAGCUGCAUAUUCGUGCAUAACAGGGGGUUGCACCUCCUCUCCCUCCUGCUAAGUGGCAGUGACACACUUUGCAGGAAGCUAAUGUUGUACCUCCUCUCUACCAGCUGAGCCAUGUCUGCAAAGCAUGUGCUUUACCACUGAGCUUAACAUCCUUUCUCCUGAUUUUUGGAAUACAGUGGUACCUCAGGUUACAUACGCUUCAGGUUACAUAUGCUUCAGGUUACAGACUCUGCUAACCCAGAAAUAUUACCUCGGGGUUAAGUACUUUGCUUCAGGAUGAGAACAGAAAUUGUGCUCCGGCGGCGCAGCAGCAGCAGGAGGCCCCAUUAGCUAAAGUGGUGCUUCAGGUUAAGAACAGUUUCAGGUUAAGUACAGACCUCCGGAACGAAUUAAGUACUUAACCUGAGGUACCACUGUACAUGCAUAUCCAGUUUGAGGUCACAGGUUUCCGGUAGUUUUUUUAUACCUUCUUCUCUGAAGUAGUUUCUGUGUUGGGGGGAAAUUGCUUUUCUGGAAAUACAGCCCAACUGGGGAAGAAUCUGGGAAGUUUGUGUUUUCCAACCCUUUCUCAGAAACCAAUUCAUACUUUUUCUGAAAUCCAGCUGAUGUGGGCGGAUUUAUUGGAAAUCCAGAACCAGAGCUGCUAGUUCGAUGGUAUCAGGCUGGAGCCCUACAGCCUUUCUUUAGAGGCCAUGCCAAUAUGAACACCAAGCGCCGUGAGCCCUGGUUGUUUGGUGAGGAGAACACGCGGAUCAUCAGAAAUGCUAUCAAGGAGCGCUACUCCCUUCUUCCAUAUCUCUAUGCUUUGUUUUAUCGAGCACAUACAGUUGCAGAGCCAGUCAUGAGGUAAGCUCAGAAUUAAAGAGACUCAUUUCUGCUUCGUAAGUCGUUAUGGGACUACUAUAAAUCCUAGUGAAUCAUAAAUGAUUAAAAUAGCAUCUAAAUAACACUCAAAUUAUAAACAGAAAAUAGUGACCCUUGGUUUCUGAUAUGAUAACUAGUGCACGUCUUCUAAAAAGUCUUUGCUGCUUCCACUUUCUUCCUUUACAUAGGCCUGUUUGGGUAGAAUUCCCCAAGGAACUGGAAACGUUUGGCAUCGAAGAUGAGUAUAUGCUUGGUAAGUUUAAAGGUUGAAGGAACCUUUUAUAAAACAUGGCAGUGGUGUAAUCAGAAGAUGCAACAGCUGUGACAGAAAGGCAGCACACAAACUAGAAGGGAUGAGGGAGAUGUCUCAUGUUAGUGGUUAGGAUUCAUCCAGAGAACUCUGAGGAGAUCAGGCUUAUAGUUUCAGAAUUCCCAGUCUUCCAUAGACCAGAUGUGAGCUUGCUUCAUUCUGCACUCAUUGCUUCUGGUCUCCUUGGCUGGCAAAGCUAGUUAAACAGUCACUGGACCUCUCAUGAUGGGUAUGGAGAGGUGUUCGUGGGAAUCCUUCCUUGGGACACACCCCAUAUCUUCAGGAAAUAACUACAGAAGAAGAAAUGUGAACUCAAUGAGUGUUCUGAUAAUGAGGGAAAAGUAAUUCUAGCAUUUCCUUAUGGAGUGCAUUCUGAUUAUUAUUAUUAUUAAUCUUUGCCUCUUAAUCUUAGGAAAGAAUUGAAGUUGUUUUAUACUAUGUGUUGAAUAAUUUUCCUCACAGAUUAAUGUCAAUCGCUUCUGUCAGCUCAAGGCUAUCCUCUGUAAUGCUGUGGAUAGCAGGCUGGGUUUGGGUACAAAAAGCCCAUCUUCAAAUUCCAGCCCAGUCAGAAAGCUCCCUUUAGCAAAUCACUACCUCAGAAACUACAGGGUUGUUGUGAGGACAAAUUAGAAUUUGUAAAGCAUCUUUGAAUACUGGAAAGUUUUGUGAGAAAGGAUGAACUGUUAGGAACCUGCUAUUUGCAUAUUCAAACAAGACCUCUUGCAUAUUCUAGACAAGUUUUUUUUUUUUAAUGGCAUAGUCACACCUCUAAUAGAAAAGAAGGUACUACUUUUCCAAAUGCUAUACUGAAUCCAUGGUAGAAAUAUCAGCAAAUGGCUAGAUAAUGAUAUAAUCCCAUAGUAGUAUUGCUUUUCUUCUCUAUGUAAUUCAGGAAAUGCUUUGUUGGUGUAUCCAGUCACUGAACCAAAAGUCACUGCAGUUGAUGUCUUUCUGCCUGGCCCUCAAGAGGUAAUGAAAACUAUUAUCAGUUCCUUUAUUUCCCUUUUUUAUAUACCCUUGUGUUUCUAUGGGGCUUUCAAUCAAAAUUAGGCUACUAGGCAUUUCUGCAAUAGAUAUAAGUACAUCAUCUGGGACUACACAAAACAGCCCUCACCAUAACCAGAUUUAAUCUAAGCAAUAUUCUAAUAAAAAACAAGUUGUGAUUCGAGGACCCGAUCCCCGCUUGGGGAAUAAAGACACGUGGACACAGAAUGUAAGGUUAAUGGGUAAGGUAAAGGCCACAACUUUAUUGAUUACAGCAUGUGAGAAGCUAUUGGCUUAGGCAUUGGACCACGGAACAUUAGACUCCACCCACUCGUAGAGGGGUGAGUCUGAGGAGGGGUUAACCACCAGUAGGGGAAGCCUGUUGAUGCUAAUCCAACUAUAGGCUCUCUUCCUGAUGUCACCGAGGGUCGUGCCAUGGCCCCCCGCCACACGGGCAUCGGACAGGAUCCACGACCGCCGGAUUCCUUUAGCGGAAUACCCAAAAUUGUCAGGGAAGGCGAUGGCCACACCUUGCCCCCCGAAACACCAACAACACAUUCCAAUGCCUAACCGCCAAAUACCACGAAAGUUGUGACGGUUGCUACGAGGUAGGCGAAAAAAACCAAGAGGCCGGGCCAAUUUAGCCAAUUGGAAAAAAACUCCUACCAGGCCCCCCUGGUUAAACAGGGCGACCAACCAGAGGUCCAUAGCAAAGUCUCAGGAACAGCUAAUCUAAAGGGAGUGGAGGGUGGGUGACUCGAAGAAAAUGUGUGUGCAAUGGUGGGGAUGGCUGGCGCGGCUGCGUUUGAGCAGCAAGCCACGCCCCCGCCGAGCUUCCCUAUUGGGUGCUCAACCUGGGAGGGGCGUGGCGCCAGCCCUGGAGUUGAAGCAGGGGCGGAGCGCCCCUGCAUGACGCGGGAAUCGUCUCCCGCUCACAACCCCUCCCCUCCUGGGAGGAGGAAAGGCUUUAUCUAGCUUCCUCUGAAAGCUUCAGCACAGCAUUCAGACAAAUAGUUUAUCAGCCUUGUUUUUAUACUGAUUUAUAUUUAUGCUGUUGUUUUAUAUAUAUUUGAUUGUUACACAAUAUGAACUUGCUUUUGGCAACAAAGAGCAAGGCAGGAAUGUUUUAAAUAAAAUGUAUUUUAAACAUUCAGUAAGAGUUGGACCUCAAAUUGCAAGGGCUAAUACUCCUUCAGUUGCAUCCCUCAUGGUGCAACCGCAGUGACCUAUGUUUCCAAAUGGCUUCUAGACUGUUCUAGAAAGUGCUGCAGCAGGCAUUGUGCGUAUUCAGUACUUUGGUUGAUAUUUGGAUGGAUUUUGGCGAUCAGUGGGGUAGCUCCUUGUGUCCCCCCCCACUAGCUCUCAAACAUGCUUGUGGCAACAGCACUGCCUUCUGGUCCCAAUUCAAGAUGUUGCUUUGCUUUCCGAAAAAUUGCAAUUCCAAGCCCUUCAUAGCCUUGGACUUACAUUUCAUCUGAUGCAUGAAGUGUAACAUAACUCACCAUAACACUUCAUGCAUCGGGUGAAAUGCAGGUCCCAUGGAGGCCUUGGAAUUGCAACUGUAUAUUGUAUACAUUGGGUUGUACCUAGCUCUGUGUGAAUAGCACUCCACUCAUGCAACAGAACUUUUGCUUCCUCUGCCCUCCCUUUGCUUCCCCCAAAAUCUGCUCCAAAAUGUCCCCAAACCCUCUGGAGGAAAAUUUGAGGAUGCACGGGGGACUGCAGGUGAGACAGAAGAGUUGGAAGUCUGUUGCAAGAGUGGAAGUCUGUUGCAUGAGCAGAAUGACAGCAUUGGAUACAACCCAUGGGUUUUGGUUUUUUUGAGAGGGGGUGUAAAAUUUGAGGUUAGGGGGAAAUACAAAAAAUAUAUAGGCAUUGAUGUAAACGCUGGUAAUUCACAUAGCAGGCUGCUGAUGUGUCACCAAGAACAGUGUUGUGAACCACCGCUGCUAAGUAUGCAAUUUUCCAUGUCUGUACUUCUCUGCAUUAUAUUUCUCAUUUGUACAACCCUCCUUCAUCUGACCUGACCAAAUGUCCCCAUGUGUAUAUAAUAUAUAUACAUAUAUCUCAGGGUAACAUUUCAUGCAUCUGAUGGACUGUAGUCCAUGAAAGCUUAUGCUGUAAUAAAUGUGUUAAUCUUUAAGGUGUUACAAGAUUAUUGUUCUUCAUACUCUGGUUUUAUUAUCACUUUCUUAUUGCUUUUACAUGUGUGGAUAUUGGUGAAUUAUUGGUUGAUUUGAUAUUCUGUCAGGCUUUUAUGUCAUGGUGUCCCUUAAGCAAGGUAAGGAGGUGGGAUCUAAAUUUGUAGAACUCAUUCAGGGUUCUUCUUUUUUCCUGUUUAUCCUGCUGCAGAUCUGGUAUGACUUUCGAAAAUUUAUCCGUCUGGAAGGUCACGGCACAGUAAAGAUUCCAGUGACACUGAACAGUGUACGUUUGUGUUUUUAUAUCACUGAUUUGACUAAUGGGGGGGGGAGGGACUUGCUUCAAAGACUUGUGGAUAGGGUUGUAUAUGCACCCAACACCGACAACAAUUAUGUUUGAAUCUACAAGGUUAAGAAGAUACUAUGAGGAAAGAAUUUUAAUGCAAGAAUGUAAUGUAGUUUUUAAUGCCAGAAUAGGCCCGAAGGCUUGACCGUUGAAGGCUUUGAAUACACUUCCACCUUAAAUUACAACAUUUAUCUAGAAAUAUAUACAUAUAAAAGCAUACAGACAUCCAGUACAGUGGAACCUUGGUUCUCAAAUGACUUAGUUGACAAACAAAUCGGCUCCCGAACAUUGUAUACCCAGAAGUAAGAGUUCCGGUUUUCAAACGUUUUUCGAACGUCCAACACAGCUUCCGCUUGAGUGCAAGAAGCUCCUGCAGCCAAUCAGAAGCCACACCUUGGUUUUCGAACAGUUUCGGGAGUCGAACAGACUUCCAGAAUGGAUUAAGUUCGAGAACCAAGGUACCACUGUAAUUCUAUUUGUUAUUCCUCAGAACAUGAUUGUAUUCAUUGGCAUCCAUGAAAUAAAAGAAUAAACUAUGAAAUAAAAUAAUAAACUUCAAAUUUCGAAUGUACGGUAUAAGUAAAUAUGAAAUUUUAUUUUCCUUUCAGAGGCUACAAAAUCUGUCAUAUUCAAUAUAUAAUAUCUGCAACCUCCUAUAUGUGUCUGCUUCAUUGUUUUACUCCCAUAUAAGGAUGUAGAAUGCAAGUCAGUUGUGUUGUCACUAAGACUGAAAUCCUAUGCAUAUUCACUCAGAAGUAAGCCCUAUUAAGUUUCAUCAUAUGUAAACAGUUACUCCCUGAAAUAUAAGACACCUAUGCAAUUGGGAUUGGUUAACUGCUCCAGAAAAGAAAGGUGCACAGGACCAGGUUUGUGGGAUGUGUUUUGUUGUCUGCUAUCCUUCAUUCCAAGGAAGCUUACUGUAUUUAAUUUUUUUCUGUCCUUUCCUGUUUGCAGAUUCCUGUAAUGCAGCGUGGGGGAACUGUUAUACCAUUAAAGACUUCUGUAGGAAAAUCUACAGAACUGAUGGUAGAUGUUCCGUAUGAACUGCGUGUUGCCUUAGAUACAAAGGUACUGUGAAAUUAUAUUUUACACACUUACUUUGUAUAUUUUGCUAGAUUUCUAAAAAGUGCAAGUGCAAGUGGAAAUUUCCAGCCCUGUAUCUGUUCUGACCCUCCAUUUUGUCAUCACUAUGCCCUUGGUUCCUGUUUUCCCUCUGUAAGCAGCCAUGCCUUUUCUCCUACCCACACCAAGAUUAAACUAGAUCAUGUCAAAUUUCAUUCUCUCAAAAUUAAUUUAAAUUUGUGCAGAUUUAAACAUAAACCCGACAAACUGUUUUCAGUAAAAUCUACUUGUGUAUGGUUACUACAGUCAAACCUCGGUUCCGGAAUGCCUCUGUUAUCAUACAUUUCAGCUCUCGAAUGCCGAAAACCUGGAAGUAAGUGUUCUGGUUUUCGAACGUUUUUCAGAGGCCGAACUUCCGACAUGGCUUCUGCUUGAGUGCAAGAAGCUCUUGCAGUCAAUCAGAAGCCGCGCCUCGGUUGUCAAACAUUUCGGAAGCUGAACAGGCUUCUGGAACGCAUUACAUUCAACAACCGAGGUUUGACUGUUAUUGACAUAUUUUUGUUUCUUUUCAAGAGCCAAUGUUGAGGGAGGACAGGUUGGAGGCGAGGAAGUCCCUUUACCCAAACGGAAGUCCUUGCACACGGCUUCUGCUGACAGGACUCAUUUAUUAUCUGUCUCUAGUCUGAAUGCAUAGAUUGGCCUUAAGAUCUUCAGAAGUGUUUUGAACCAUUCAAAAAUCAACACGUGGCAGUUAAUAGAAGUAACCCUGUACAGCUUUGUUAGCUGUUUGACAUUUUUUCUUGCUGUGUAGGGGUCUGCAAUGGGCGAGCUUUAUCUGGAUGAUGGCCAUUCGUUCCAGUAUCUCCACGAGAAGAAGUUCCUGCUCAGGAAGUUCACCUUCCACAAGAAUGUCUUCUCAUCUAGGUAAUGUGCACUGAAAAAGCAGAGGCAGAAGGCGGUGUUAAGAAUCCUAGGCCGGUAGUUUAAUAAUGAGAAAUACUUUAAUAACUACACCGUGAGCUGGGCAAAAUACGUUUUGUCCACCGCUCACAAUGUAAUGAAAUGUUACAUAAAGUGAAUGACAGUUGCUCUGGCAUGGUCCUGGUGUAGUGAACAUAGAAGGGAUUUACAGUAUUUAGGGGGAAAUAAAAUGACUGGCAGUCAAAUUAGUGCAAAGAAUGAGCAGCAAAUCCUACAGGAUUGGAUAGUAAGAAACACAGGAGAAUUUUGCUCUGCUGAUGUCUGUUUCUCAGUCCAGAAGCCAUAAAGGGUGUAAAAGCCUUCCCCAAUCUGGUGCCUUCCAGACGUUGCAAAAUACAACUCCUAGCAGUACUGGCAGUGGUUGAUGGGAGUUAUAGUUCAAAACAUCAGGUGGGCUUCAGAUGGUAGAAGGAUCUCGGGGUCCCAAAUUUCAGCAGCACUCAGUACAAUGCCAAAAUUCAGCAUCCCUUCUCCUCUCUCGCUCCAUUCUAAAUCAUAGUUGCAGCAUCCACAGAGGCGACCCCAAGACUCCAAACUGGUUGUUCUCCCCUAAAGCCACCUCUGUGUAGAGUGAAUGGUUCAUCCUGUUAUGAUUCUGACUAUGCCACACCAUUUCCAACAAGGGUCCUUUUGAGAGGGGAGGAGUAUAAAGAGGCUUAACUUAUUUAAUUAAAGUAUUUGUUUAAAAUACAGACUGCUUUUAGGGGUCAAAACCUUCACAGUAUAGCUAACUAUUUUCCAAAUACCCCUCACGUAUCCAUAGAUUUUCAAAACACACUUUUUAAAAAAUAAAUUCCUAUUUUUAUUGUUGACAAGGCAGUAUGCUCAAGAAGAAAACAUACACAGUACACACAUGAGACAUAGCCAUUUUGUCAUAUACCCUAGAUUCUGAUUCUGUCUUUUGAUUCUCACAGGUGUGCAGAUGAAAACGGGCAAUUUCAUACAAAGUGUGUAGUUGAGCAGAUAUUGAUCUUGGGAAUAAAAAAACAACCAUCUUCUGUGACGGCUAGCAUUCAUGGUAAGAGACAGAAAUAUUUUACGCCAUCUAAAGAUGCUUCUUAAGAUUCUUCCACCCUAGAGUCCUUCAGUUAAGGCACUGGUUUUCCUGCUGCACAGAGACCUAUCAGUGGAGCAGGGACAGCAGGAAGCAGCGAGCAUCUCUGUGCAGAAGGAAGUCCCCUUGCUUCCUCUCACUCUCCCAUCUCCUGUGCUGCUGGAGAUUUUUGGGAAGGUUUGGAAAAAAACACCUGAAGAGGUUCAGAACUGAGUUGAUUUCCCAAGCCCCUUUCCGCCACUCAGUCAGAUCCUGAGAUGUUUUGAGCAGAAGUUGGAUAUCAGUUGGAGAAGAGGAAUUGUCUGAAAGCACACGCUUCAUUCGGAGCACUAAUCAGUCCCAGUUUGUUUUCAUUAUUCCAGGACUUGAGUGAUGCUGCUAUAUGAGAAUUGUUACGAUCAAAUAAACCACAGUUUAAUCCUGUAAGCUACCUAGGGGAGGGCACACAAAAAUACUCAGGAACUGCAGAAUAGCAAAGAAUAUAGUGAGUGAAAUAACGAAAAAUGUGUGGACUCUCACACACCUAAGAUGCACACAGAAAAUUGGAUCUGAAUGACCCAUUUGCAAGCUAAUGUCCCAUCUUGACACAGCCCCAGUGAUAUGAUCUAAAGCAGCGGUUCUCAACCUGUGGGCUCCCAGAUGUUGUUGGACUACAACUCCCAUCAUCCCUAGCUAGCAAGGCCAGAGCUCAGGGAUGAUGGGAGUUGUAGUCCAACAACAUCUGGGGACCCACAGGUUGAGAACCGCUGAUCUAAAGGCUCAUUCACACACCUGCUUGUCCCAUGCCUAGAAAGCAGUUUUGUGUUAGCCUCACAGCUUUCUCCACUCUUUACCACUGAUUCAGAACAAAUGGCAAUCUGCAGAAAAUCCAGCUGCAAUUUGGUCUGAUUCAGCAUUAAAGAGUGUGUUUUCCCAGGAGAAAGCAGCAGGGCAAUUGGAGGUUUGGACAAGCUCUUAUUCUAAGGGUUGUUUGGUGUACUGGAGUUUGCUUCAGAGCAGCAGGGGUAACCUAGGGUUGUGCUCUGAUCAGCCUUAUGAGUUUCAUAUAUGUCUUUCUUCAGUAGAUUUUAAAAAUGAAUAUAACAUGUGUGUUUUUAAUUCUGUUGACAUUCAGAUGGGAAAGACCAAGCAGUGACUUUCACAUAUGAUGCCAAGAUCUCUGUGUUGACCCUUCAGAAGCUUUCACUAAAUGUUGGCAUUGACUGGGCGCUUCAUAUCAAGUGAAACAGCAGAACCAGAGAAUUGGAAGGAAAGCCGAACAAUAAUGGUUGAGGGUGACUCAGUUCACUCUUUUGAAAUGGACAAAACAAAGUUACAUUUAAUUAAUUGAAUUAUGACUUUCCGAUACCAUUUGCAAUAACUGUUAGGUGAAGACGGCUGGCUUCCAGGAUAAUUGUGGAUUUGUGCCUCAGAGCCAUGCAACAAUAUCUGGAAUAAGUGAUGCUUUCUUGCUUUUUUAAAGACUUCUGCUCUAAACCUGUUUUUCAGCAUUAUAGAAUAACAGUUUUUUAUUGGUAUAAUGAAUAUUUCGAAGAAGGUAAUAGCCUGGAAGAAUCUCUACCAAACCCACCAAUGUAAAACAUAGAAUUUUUUCAGCAAGAUGGCAUUUGACAGGAAAAAUUACAACUCUUUUUUAUAAUCCAUAUUCACUUCCUGCAGAGACUUCCUUAUCCAUAGAACAAUGUCCAGUUUUCUUACUUGGGAAAAAAUGAAGUCUUGGGCGAACAUUCAUCAGUUAACAUAGUUCAUAUAGCCUGUAUCAUUGUGGACACUGUGUUUCCGUUGCAAGAACAAACCAAACAAGUAUCAUGAUGAAUUUGGAGUGACUCAGAUAUGACAGAGAGGUCCCCAAUGGAUCUUUUAAGCAUUUGGCUGAUUCAAACUUUCUUUUCCUGAGCACUUCAGUCAGAUCAAAACACAAAGCUUCGCAGUUUGUCUCAUUUUAUGGUAUACAACUAAACAAAAUGCAACCUUCUUGUGUUGCCCCAUAUUUUAAGUGUUGUCCCAUAUUUUAGAAUGAUUCAUAGAUAUUGCAGAACACAUCAGAGUACAGUACAGUAGUACCUUGGGUUACAUACGCUUCAGGUUACAGACUCCGCUAACCCAGAAACAUUACCUCGGGUUAAGAACUUUGCUUCAGGAUGAGAAAAGAAAUUGUGCUCCGGCGGCGUGGCAGCAGUGGAAGGUCCCAUUAGCUAAAGUGGUGCUUCAGGUUAAGAACAGUUUCAGGUUAAGAACGGACCUCCGGAACGAAUUAAGUUCUUAACCCGAGGUACCACUGUACUGGAUUCCAUGAAAAGUAAAAAUGAGCAUUAAUAAAAAUGCCAGAAAUCCAGAUUAAGGCAAAUCUUAAUUGGGCCAACCAAUAUAUUACAGAAUAGUGUGCAAGAUAUCAAAUUCUAGACAACUUGCAGGCAGAGCAUUAUUCCUUGAGGGAACAUUCCCACAACUGCUAGGUAAAGUUAUCCAGUUUGACUUUUAUUGACUUUCUGCCUAGCACACCACCUAAAAUUAACUUGACUACCUAGUUCCUCUUGAUUCUUAUCAAGGAACUUGUAUGUUUCACUUAAGGGUGGAGACCAGACCUGGGUAGAAGCCAAUUCUUACAUUUGCAGACGUGGGGAAUCAGCCAUUGUUAUGCUAAGUUAUUGUUCCCACAAGACCUUGGUUCAACCUGAUAACUUGCAUGGUAGCUUCAUUUUAAUAUCUGCUGCUUCCUCCUCCAUUCCAGUUUAAGAAUGUGACCAGAUACAGAUUAUAUGGCUUCAACAACAACAAAAAUAACAGUUUUUAAUCUCACAAGCUGCUCAGUGUCAUAAGCAGGUUACAGUCAAGAUUUCUGUGUUAUAAUAGGUUUUUCAUAAUAAAAGGAAAUAAAGAAUCUCUCUUA